AUGUUUUCUAAGAAAAAGAAAAAGCCUCUGAUUUCGCCGCCAAGUAAUUUUGAACACAGAGUACAUACGGGCUUCGAUAAACGAGAGGGAAAGUUUGUUGGACUUCCUUUGCAAUGGGCCUCACUUGUAGGUAAUAACCAGAUAUUAAAAUCAACAAACAGGCCACUUCCCCUGGUAGACCCAUCAGAAAUCACACCCACCGAAAUUCUAGACUUAAAAACUAUAGUAAGAGGUGACCACAGAACUACCUCAGUGUCCUCAAUAGCACGCCCCUUACCCUCAAGCAUACCACAACAGCCAGUACAAAAUGGUGUUGUGUUGCCAAAGACGUCAAAUGUUGCCAGGUCAAAUUCUUUAAGGAGUACUAGCCCACCGAGGAUCAGGAGGGACCUGAGAAGUCAGCCUAAUGUCCCUCCAUCAGUGCCUGAAGAGUCACCACCUGUGCCACCUGCCCCUCAGCAAUACUUAAGUUUAAGACGAGAACACAGCAACUAUACAUUGAACAAGCCUAUAGCUGAGUCUCCUGUAGAAUGGAGCCAGCAUGCACAUGAGGCUACAGUCAGACAAGUACCAGAAAUCAAUGAUAAUCAUCAUCCUAUGACCUAUCAAAACAUACAGAAUGCAAAUGUGCCUUACCAGCACAAUCAUCCGCCACAACCAAUGACUCACGGACCUCAUGGACUGAAUGGAAACAACAUUAACAUGGGUGACGCGUAUGGUGUGUCUCGCGCGCAAGGUGCUCCGGGCGCGGCGCCUCACCUGCCGCUCGCUGCCUCCAAACAUGAACUGCGAUUGACGCAUGAACAGUUCCGAGCGGCUCUUCGUUUGGUUGUAAGCGAGGGUGACCCUCGUGCGACGUUGAGCGGGUUCAGUAAGAUCGGCGAGGGUAGCACGGGGGUUGUAUGUGCCGCCACGGACACUCGCACGCGUCGCCGAGUGGCCGUCAAGAUGAUGAACUUGAGGAAACAACAGAGGCGGGAACUUCUCUUCAAUGAAGUUGUUAUAAUGCGCGACUAUCCCCAUCCAAACAUCGUCGAGAUGCAUGCUUCAUAUUUAGUUGGAGAUGAGCUUUGGGUUGUGAUGGAGUACAUGGCAGGAGGCGCCCUUACUGAUAUUGUGACGAGAGCUCGAAUGGACCCUGAACAAAUCGCUACUGUCUGCAAACAGUGUUUGAAGGCUUUAGCUUUCCUGCAUAGUCAAGGAGUUAUUCAUCGAGAUAUUAAAUCGGACUCCAUUCUCAUGACUGCAGAUGGCCGGGUGAAAUUAUCCGAUUUCGGCUUCUGUGCUCAAGUCUCAGAGGAACUUCCGAAACGAAAAUCCUUAGUGGGGACACCAUAUUGGAUGUCACCUGAAGUGAUAUCGAGAUUGCCAUAUGGUCCUGAGGUGGAUGUGUGGUCGCUUGGAAUCAUGCUUGUUGAAAUGGUCGAUGGGGAGCCACCCUUCUUCAAUGAACCACCUUUACAGGCGAUGCGUCGUAUCCGCGACAUGCCUCCGCCUCGACCGCGUGGCGCGGCGCGGUGUCCGGCGGACUUGCUGAGCUUCGUGGAGUGCGCACUGGUCCGGGACCCCGCGCAGCGCCAGUCCGCGUCCCGCCUCCUGCAGCACCCGUUCCUGCGCCGCGCCGGGCCGCCCGCACUGCUCGUACCUCUCAUGCCACCAGCUCACCAUCACGCCGCGCCACACCACGCACCCAAUGAUCCCGCCGCUAAUCAAUCUAUGUCACCCGGACCGCCUCAGUCAGGUCGAUAA